ACUUCCAGUCGCGCACGCGCGGGCCCCUCCCCCAGUCUGUCGCGCACGUUGGGUGGGGUGGGAGUCCGGGAGGGGGCGGGGCUAUCUUAGGGUUAGUGGCGACUUGGGGCAGAGGUCAGGGGUCACGUCGGGUCAGUCUGUUGGAAGGAGUUGGGAGACAGCAGUGAAGCUGGGGGUCAAGAGUUCAAGCUUCUUGGAUUCUGGUUAGUUCGGGUCCUGUGAAUCUGUUGUGGAGGAAGGAGUGAAUCGAAGGCUGCUCCGUGGUUAAGGAAUUUCCUUAAACACUGGGGAAACACUUCCGGGCCUUUGGUGGGUUUACCCUGCCUGUUUCCGGGGCAUGGUUCUUUGCUGAGCGGUCUUUCUCUCUUCUGAUUUCUCCUCUAAUGUCUCCUGCUGCAGUUCUUGUGUUUGGGGAAGUGUCUCAUGGCGCAGGUAUAGGAGUUACGGGGUUCUGCCCUGAGGAAGGGUGGAUUCUGUGAUUCUGUUCAACCCUCACUGGAAAGAGCAGGCUGCCAGGCAGCCAAUGUCUUUUUGAGCUUCUGGAUGUGACAGGUUUUUUGUUUGUUUUACUUUGUUAUUUGCUCUUUUAUUCAGUGGUUGUAGCCUUUUACACUUAAGCUUUUUAAACUUUUUUUUUUUUUUUUUUUUUGCUUCACUACAGUGCUCCUCCUCUAGCCAGAAUCUUAUGUCUCUAGGGAGUUCUGUUUUCGCAAACCGUGAUUUUGCUUUUAUUUUUCUGAAACAUGAGCCUUUCUUACUACUGUUUAAUUCUCUUGUUUUCAGCCUUCGAUUCGGGUAUGUUUAAAUGCUUCAAAAGUUACUGUAAAGAAGGUUUUGAUGGAUGUUGUUGGUAAAUGUGGAUUCGUUUCUCACUCUGUUUUCCUUCCCUCUGUUUGUUUCAGGCGUGAUUUCCCUCAGUACGGCGGCACCGUGGAAGUACAGACUUUCACAGGGGGUGUGGUCUCAGCUCACACAGGUGCUCCAGAGGCCGGUGGACCUGAGCGGAGGCUGGGACGCCCUAGUGGGCCCCGGGCCCUGGAAGGCGGGUCCCGGUGGCCGGUGGCCCAGAAUGAGGCCAGCUCCCAGCAUGCCCUGCAGCCGGACGCCAGCCCCUCGGCCAGCAGCAGUGGUGAUAACGACCCAGUCAUUCUUCAGGCGUCCAAAGAGGAGCCUGGGAGUGGGACCAUGCAGAGCAGCCCCUCCCCUGCUCACCCUCAGCUCCCAGUCCUGCAGACACAGAUGGUGUCGGACGGCAUGACAGGCAGCAAUCCUGUGUCCCCUGCCUCAUCCAGUUCCCCAGCCUCUAGUGGGGCAGGUGGCAUCUCUCCCCAGCAUAUAGCUCAAGAUUCCUCUCUGGAUGGACCUCCAGGGCCCCCAGAUGGUGCCACAGUGCCCUUGGAGGGACUCAGCUUACCCCAGGCUGCUGACCUUGCUAACAAAGGCCCAAAGUGGGAGAAGAGCCAUGCUGAGAUUGCAGAGCAGGCCAAGCAUGAGGCUGAGAUUGAGACUCGGAUUGCUGAGCUGCGGAAGGAGGGUUUCUGGUCACUGAAGAGGCUGCCUAAAGUGCCCGAGCCUCCCCGCCCCAAAGGCCACUGGGACUAUCUAUGUGAGGAGAUGCAAUGGCUCUCUGCUGACUUUGCUCAGGAGCGUCGUUGGAAACGGGGUGUGGCCCGUAAGGUUGUGCGCAUGGUCAUCCGGCACCACGAGGAGCAGCGGCAGAAAGAAGAGCGGGCUCGGAGGGAAGAGCAGGCCAAGCUACGCCGAAUCGCCUCCACCAUGGCCAAGGACGUCAGGCAGUUCUGGAGUAAUGUGGAGAAGGUGGUGCAAUUCAAGCAACAGUCCCGGUUGGAGGAAAAGCGUAAAAAAGCUCUGGACCUGCACCUGGACUUCAUUGUGGGGCAAACUGAAAAGUACUCAGACCUUUUGUCUCAGAGCCUCAACCAGCCACUAGCAUCCAGCAAAGCUGGCUCUUCCCCUUGCCUUGGCUCUUCCUCAGCUGCCUCUAGUCCUCCACCCCCGGUUUCCAGGCUGGAUGAUGAAGAUGGGGACUUCCAACCCCAAGAGGAGGAGGAAGAGGAUGAUGAGGAGACGAUUGAGGUUGAAGAACAACAGGAAGGCAAUGAUGCAGAGACCCAGAGGCGUGAGAUUGAGCUGCUUCGACGUGAGGGAGAAUUGCCAUUGGAAGAGCUGCUCCGUUCCCUUCCCCCUCAGCUGCUAGGAGGGCCUUCCAGCCCCUCGAGAACCCCCUCAUCUCGUGACAGUGACACUCGAGAUGGGCCUGAAGAAGGUGGUGAAGAAGAAGAGCCCUCUCAAGUGUUAAAGGUGAAGCCCUCACCCUCUGUCACACAGCGCAACAAACAGCCCUGGCAUCCAGAUGAGGAUGACGAAGAGUUUACUGCCAAUGAGGAUGAAGCGGAGGAUGAAGAGGAUACUAUAGCAGCUGAGGAGCAGUUGGAAGGGGAGGUGGAUCAUGCCAUGGAACUGAGCGAGUUGGCUCGAGAAGGUGAGCUGUCUAUGGAGGAGCUGCUGCAGCAGUAUGCAGGAGCCUAUGCUUCUGAUGCCUCUGCCCCAGGCUCUGGGAGUAGUGAAGAGGAAGAUGAAGAUGAGGUUGAGGCUAACAGCUCUGACUGUGAACCAGAGGGGGCUACAGAAGCUGAAGAGGUUCCUCAAGAGGAUAGUAGCGGUCAAUCAGAAUCUGCUGAGGAGCAGAGCGAGGAAGAGGAAGAUGAGCAUUCAGAAGAGGAAGAAACAAGCGGGAGUUCAGAAUCAGAGGAAUCUGAGUCUGAGGAAUCUGAGGAGUCUCGAUCACAGAGCCAAGCAGAUGAGGAAGAGGAGGAAGAUGAUGACUUCGGGGUGGAGUACUUGCUUGCCCGGGAUGAAGAGCAGAGCGAGGCAGAUGGGGGCAGUGGGCCUCCCACCCCAGGGCCUGCCACUACUCUAGGCCCUAAGAAGGAAAUUACUGACAUCGCUGCAGCAGCUGAAAGUCUUCAGCCCAAGGGUUAUACCUUGGCCACUACGCAGGUGAAGACCCCCAUUCCCUUGCUCCUGCGGGGCCAGCUCCGAGAGUACCAACACAUUGGGCUGGACUGGCUGGUUACUAUGUAUGAGAAGAAGCUUAAUGGUAUUCUUGCUGAUGAGAUGGGGCUAGGCAAGACAAUCCAGACCAUCUCCCUACUUGCCCACUUGGCCUGUGAAAAAGGUAACUGGGGUCCCCAUUUGAUCAUUGUCCCCACCAGUGUGAUGCUGAACUGGGAGAUGGAGCUGAAACGGUGGUGCCCCAGCUUUAAAAUCCUCACUUAUUAUGGAGCCCAGAAGGAGAGGAAGCUCAAGCGGCAGGGCUGGACCAAGCCCAAUGCCUUCCAUGUGUGUAUCACGUCUUAUAAGCUGGUGCUGCAGGACCACCAAGCCUUCCGCCGCAAGAACUGGCGCUAUCUCAUUCUGGAUGAGGCUCAGAACAUCAAGAACUUCAAGUCGCAGCGUUGGCAGUCAUUGCUCAACUUCAACAGCCAGAGACGCCUACUCCUCACAGGAACUCCCUUGCAGAACAGCCUCAUGGAGCUGUGGUCUUUGAUGCACUUUUUGAUGCCCCAUGUCUUCCAGUCUCAUCGCGAGUUUAAAGAAUGGUUCUCUAACCCCCUAACUGGCAUGAUUGAGGGCAGCCAAGAGUACAAUGAAGGUCUAGUCAAACGUCUCCACAAGGUUUUGCGGCCUUUUUUGCUGCGCCGAGUUAAGGUGGAUGUUGAGAAGCAGAUGCCUAAAAAAUAUGAGCAUGUUAUCCGCUGCCGGCUCUCCAAGCGCCAACGAUGUCUCUAUGAUGACUUCAUGGCACAGACCACAACUAAGGAGACUCUAGCCACAGGCCAUUUCAUGAGUGUCAUCAACAUUUUGAUGCAGCUGCGAAAAGUCUGCAAUCAUCCAAACCUGUUUGACCCUCGACCUGUUACCUCCCCUUUCAUCACCCCAGGAAUCUGCUUCAGCACCGCCUCUCUGGUGCUAAGGGCCACUGAUGUCCAUCCCCUCCAGCGGAUAGACAUGGGUCGGUUUGAUCUUAUUGGCCUGGAGGGUCGUGUCUCUAGAUAUGAGGCUGACACAUUUCUACCCCGGCACCGCCUCUCCCGCCGGGUACUGCUAGAGGUGGCUACUGCUCCUGACCCCCCACCCCGGCCCAAACCAGUCAAGAUGAAGGUCAACAGGAUGCUGCAGCCAGUGCCCAAGCAAGAAGGCCGGACAGUGGUGGUGGUCAAUAGCCCACGGACGCCCCUGGGCCCUGUCCCGGUCCGACCCCCUCCAGGCCCUGAGCUCUCCACCCAGCCCCCACCUGGCCCAACCCCCCCAGUGCUGCCAGCACCACUGAUGGUGUCAGCCUCGCCUGUUGGGCCCCCACUUAUUCCAACAUCACGGCCUCCUGGCCCCGUUGUGUUGCCUCCACUGCAGCCAAACAGUGGGCCUCUGCCCCAGGUGUUGCCAUCCCCCCUGGGGGUCCUGAGUGGGACCUCAAGGCCUCCUACACCAACCCUGUCCCUAAAGCCAGCCCCACCUGCUCCUGUUCGCCUAAGCCCUGCCCCACCUCCAGGCUCAUCCAGCCUGUUGAAGCCUCUGACAGUGCCACCGGGCUACACUUUCCCUUCUGCCGCCACCACCACCUCUACCGCCACAGCCGCUGCUCCCACCACGGCAGUGCCGACUACUACUCCUGCGCCACAGCGCCUCAUCCUGUCUCCUGAUAUGCAAGCUCGCCUGCCCUCAGGCGAAGUGGUCAGCAUCGGGCAGUUGGCCUCACUGGCACAGCGUCCAGUGGCUAGUGCAGGGGGAAGCAAACCUCUCACCUUCCAGAUCCAGGGCAACAAGCUGACUUUGACUGGUGCGCAGGUGCGCCAGCUUGCUGUGGGGCAGCCCCGCCCGCUGCAAAGGAAUGUGGUGCACCUGGUGUCAGCAGGGGGGCAGCACCACCUCAUCAGCCAGCCUGCCCAUGUGGCUCUCAUCCAGGCCGUGGCCCCGACCCCUGGCCCCACCCCUGUCUCUGUGCUGCCUUCUUCGACCCCCAGCACCACCCUUGCCCCCACUGGCCUCAGCCUUCCGCUUGCUGCUAACCAGGUGCCACCAACCAUGGUGAAUAAUACAGGCGUGGUGAAGAUUGUAGUGAGACAGGCCCCUCGGGAUGGACUGACUCCUGUUCCUCCGUUGGCCCCAGCACCCCGGCCUCCAAGCUCUGGGCUUCCAGCUGUGUUGACUCCACGCCCCACGUUAACCCCUGGCCGGCUACCCACACCUACUCUGGGUACUGCUCGAGCCCCCAUUCCCACGUCCACUCUGGUGAGGCCCCUUCUCAAGCUGGUCCACAGUCCUUCGCCUGAAGUCAGUGCUUCAGCACCCGGAGCUGCUCCCUUGACCAUCUCUUCUCCUCUCCCCGUGCAGUCCCCACUCCCUGGGCCAGCUUCUCCAAUGCCGGUUCCCAAUUCCUCUCCCCUUGCUAGUCCUGUGUCCUCUACAGUCUCCAUCCCAGUGUCAUCUUCACUUCCCAUCUCUGUCUCUACCACGCCUCCUGCCCCGGCCUCAGCUCCACUCACCAUCCCCAUUUCGGCCUCCUUGCCUGUUUCGGCCUCUGGCCCGGCUCUGUUGACCAAUGUGACUCCAACACUGGCACCUGUUGUCUCAGCGACUCCUGGACCUCCCUCUUUGGCACCAGCUGGGGCUUCCCCAUCAGCGUCAGCUUUGACUCUGGGUUUGGCCACAACUCCAUCCCUGUCUUCAUCUCAGGCAACUGGUCACCCUCUGUUGUUGGCUCCAGCCUCUUCACAUGUUCCAGGGUUGAACUCAGCCAUGGCCCCAGCAUGUUCACCUGUAUUGGUACCAGCUUCUGCUCUGGCCAGCCCUUUUCCGGCAGCACCAAAUCCAGCUCCAGCUCAGGCUUCCCUUCUGGCUCCAGCACCUUCUGCAUCUCAGGCUCUAGCCACCUCUCUGGCUCCCAUGGUGGCUCCACAGACAGCAAUCCUGGCUCCUUCUCCAGCUCCUUCUCUGGCUCCUCUUCCAGUCCUGGCCCCAUCGCCAGGUCCUGCUCCUGUCCUGGCUCCAUCGCAGACUCCGGUUCCAGUUCUAGCUUCUUCAUCUACUCCAGGAACUCCUUUAGCUUCAGCUUCUUCACUGGUGCCAGCCCCAGCUCCUGUGUUGGCUCCAUCAUCAACUCAGACUAUGGUACCAGCCCCUGUUCCGUCACCUCUCCCAAGCCCGGCUUCUACACAGACACUGGCCUUAGCCCCAACUUUAGCAUCCACCCUUGGGGGCUCAUCUCCAUCUCAGACCCUCUCUUUGGGAAUGGGGAACCCUCAGGGGCCUUUUCCAGCUCAGACAUUGUCAUUGACUCCAGCGUCAUCCCUAGUACCAACUCCAGCCCAGACACUGUCUUUGGCACCAGGACCACCACUGGGUCCAUCUCAGACGCUGUCUCUGGCUCCCCCUUUGACGCCAGUUUCUCCAGUGGGCUCAGCCCCAGCUCACACGCUGACUUUGGCUCCGGUAUCGUCAUCUGCUUCACUCCUAACCCCAGCUUCAGUGCAAACAUUGACCUUGAGCCCUGCCCCAGUUCCGGUGCCCACCUUGGGUCCAGCUGCAGCCCAGACUCUGGCGCUGGCCCCAGUCUCAACACAGGCCCCAGCUUCCCAGGCACCUUCCCUUGUGGUUUCGGCAUCUGGCGCUGCUCCCUUGCCUGUCACCAUGGUAUCCCGGCUGCCUGUUCCCAAGGAUGAGCCUGAGACACUGACGUUGCGCCCAGGUCCCCCCAGCCCUCCUUCCACUGCUACCUCGUUCAGUGGUCCCCGGCCUCGACGCCAACCCCCACCACCACCUCGUUCCCCUUUCUAUCUGGACUCUCUGGAGGAAAAGCGGAAGCAGCAGCGGUCUGAACGCCUGGAACGGAUUUUCCAACUUAGUGAGGCUCAUGGGGCCCUGGCACCUGUGUAUGGGACUGAAGUCCUGGAUUUCUGUACCCUGCCCCAACCUGUUGCCAGCCCCAUCGGCCCUCGUUCUCCUGGCCCCAGCCACCCCACCUUUUGGACUUAUACCGAGGCUGCCCGCCAGGCUGUACUGUUUCCCCAGCAACGACUAGACCAGCUGUCAGAAAUCAUUGAGAGGUUCAUCUUUGUCAUGCCUCCUGUGGAGGCACCUCCCCCUUCCCUGCAUGCCUGCCACCCACCUCCUUGGCUGGCCCCACGUCAGGCAGCCUUCCAGGAGCAGUUGGCCUGUGAGCUCUGGCCCCGGGCUCGCCCCUUGCACCGUAUUGUGUGUAACAUGCGCACCCAGUUCCCUGACUUGAGGCUCAUCCAGUAUGAUUGUGGGAAGUUGCAAACAUUGGCAGUGCUGUUGCGACAGCUCAAGGCAGAGGGCCACCGGGUGCUCAUAUUCACCCAGAUGACUCGAAUGCUGGAUGUAUUGGAACAGUUUCUUACCUACCACGGCCACCUCUACUUGCGUCUGGAUGGGUCUACUAGAGUUGAACAGAGACAGGCUUUGAUGGAACGAUUCAAUGCAGACAAACGCAUAUUCUGCUUUAUCCUUUCAACUCGGAGUGGGGGCGUGGGUGUAAACCUUACAGGAGCAGACACUGUUGUUUUUUAUGACAGCGACUGGAAUCCCACCAUGGAUGCUCAGGCCCAGGAUCGCUGUCACCGGAUUGGCCAGACCCGAGAUGUCCACAUCUACAGACUCAUCAGUGAACGGACAGUGGAGGAGAACAUCCUAAAAAAGGCAAAUCAAAAGAGAAUGUUGGGAGACAUGGCCAUUGAGGGAGGCAACUUCACCACAGCCUAUUUUAAACAGCAGACCAUCCGAGAGCUGUUUGAUAUGCCCCUGGAAGAGCCACCUGGCUCAUCUGUACCCUCUGCCCCUGAAGAGGAGGAAGAGACUGUGGCCAGCAAGCAGACCCAUAUCCUAGAGCAGGCACUGUGUCGGGCAGAGGAUGAAGAGGAUAUCCGUGCAGCCACCCAGGCCAAAGCUGAACAGGUGGCUGAGCUUGCAGAAUUCAAUGAGAAUGAUGGAUUUCCUGCUGGUGAUGGAGAGGAGGCCGGCCGGCCUGGGGCUGAGGAUGAAGAGAUGUCCCGGGCUGAGCAGGAAAUCGCUGCCCUUGUAGAACAGCUGACCCCCAUUGAGCGUUAUGCCAUGAAAUUCCUGGAAGCCUCACUGGAGGAGGUGAGCCGAGAGGAGCUCAAGCAGGCAGAAGAGCAAGUGGAAGCUGCCCGCAAGGACCUGGACCAAGCCAAGGAGGAGGUGUUCCGCCUACCCCAAGAGGAGGAGGAGGGGCCAGGGGCUGGGGAUGAGGUUUCCUGUGGGACUGGUGGAGGCAGUCACCGGCGCAGUAAGAAGGCCAAGGCCCCUGAAAGGCCAGGGACUCGCGUCAGUGAACGUCUUCGUGGAGCCCGGGCUGAGACUCAAGGGGCAAACCACACUCCUGUCACAUCCACCCAUCAUACCCGCAGCACUUCCACACCCCCACGCUGCAGCCCUGCCAGGGAGAGAGUUCCCCGGCCAGCACCUAGGCCUCGACCCACUCCAGCUUCAGCUCCUGCUGUAAUUCCUGCCCCAAUCCCUGUUCCAAUCCCUGCCCCGAUCCCCAUUUCAGCCCCAAAUCCAAUAACCAUGCUUCCUGUUCAUAUCUUGCCUUCUCCUCCACUUCCCCCUUCACAGAUUCCUCCCUCUUGUUCUUCUGCCUGUACCCCUCCUCCUGCCUGUACACCUCCGCCAGCUCAUACUCCACCUCCAGCCCAUUGCUCUCACUCAGACAGGAGGGCACCUCCUCACCAUCAGGCAGCACUGUGAGGAUGGUCCCCUCAGCAGGCUCUGGCACUUCCUGCUCUUGACCGUUGGGGACGCUGUCAGCCUCCAGGGUUGGGCUAGGUGCAGAAGAGGCGAGAGAAAGGUUCUUCUCUGAUAUAGGCAGGAUCUCAACAGCAACUGGCAACAGAUCCUUAGGGGGCACAAGAGUAAGUGGGGAAGUCUCGGAACUGGCCAUAUCAGCCAGCUCCGGGGACUCGGUGGAUGCCAAUGCUUGUGCACACAGUUCUGUCUCAGGCCCCAAGCCCAAGGGGAGGUUGGUGACUGGGGGGGAGACGGGCACAGAAGGUAGACCAAGCAGGAGAGGGGAAGAAGGAGUUGAGAGAGAGGUUUGGGCUGGAGCUCCCACCUUCAGCAGCAUCUGAUGAGCUACUUCAGGAGCCGUUGGAGGCUGACAAGAGCUCAGAAGAGCUGGUGGAGGCCCAGACCCCAACCUCCAGCCCAGAGAAGCCACAGGAACUUGUUCCAGCAGAGGUCGCAGCCCCAUCAACCUCAUCUUCGGCCACCUCCUCACCUGAGAGUCCUUCACCUGCCCGGCCCCCUCGGCGUCGCACCAGUGCUGAUGUAGAAAUUAGGGGUCAGGGGGCUGGUCGGCCAGGGCAGCCUCCAGGCCCCAAAGUGCUUCGCAAGCUGCCGGGACGGCUAGUGACUGUGGUAGAGGAAAAGGAACUGGUGAGGCGACGGCGACAGCAGCGGGGAACUGCCAGCACCCUAGUGCCUGGGGUCUCUGAGACUGGUACCAGCCCGGGAAGCCCAUCUGCCCGCAGCAUGUCGGGGCCAGAAUCCUCACCUCCCACCGGUGGGCCCUGUGAAGCUGCUCCCCCAUCCACACUGCCCACCCCAACCCAGCAACCCUUCAUAGCUCGUCGUCGCAUUGAGCUGGGGGUGACUGGUGGGGGCAGCCCAGAGAACGGAGAAGGGGCACUUCUUGCCAUCACCCCUCCUGCUGUGAAACGUCGGAGGGGGAGGCCCCCCAAGAAGAACAGGUCUCCAGCAGAUGCUGGGCGAGGGGUGGAUGAGGUACCUUCAUCCACCUCUAAGGGAAAAACCAAUGGGGCUGACCCAGUCCCUGGGGCUGAGACCCUUAUUGUUGCGGAGCCUGUCCUGGGACCCCAGCCUAGUCCUGGGUCCCAGCCUCUUGGACCCCAGCCAAUUCACAGACCCGAGCCCAUCAUCCUAUCACCUGUGGAGAAAAGAAGGCGUGGGCGGCCCCCUAAGGCACGAGAUUUGCCCAUUCCUGGGACCAUUUCCUCUCCAGGGGAUGGCAACUUAGAGAGCCGGACACAGCCACUCCCGCUACCACCUCCCCUGCCACCACUCCCACCACUCCUAGCCUGUCCCACUGCUACUGUCGCCAACACUGUCACCAAUCUCACCAUUUCAACAUCCCCACCCAAGCGGAAACGGGGUCGACCUCCCAAGAAUCCACCAUCACCUCGGCCCAGCCAGCUCCCUGUCUUGGACCGUGACAGCUCUUCUGUCCUCGAGAGCUGUGGAUUGGGGAGGCGGCGGCAACCCCAGGGCCAGGGGGAGAGUGAGGGUAGUUCCUCUGAUGAGGACGGAAGCCGCCCCCUCACCCGCCUGGCCCGCUUGCGGCUUGAAGCAGAGGGAAUGCGGGGGCGAAAGAGUGAAGGGUCCAUGGUGGUGGCUGUAAUUCAGGAUGACCUGGAUUUAGCAGAUAGUGGGCCAGGCGGGUUAGAAUUGACACCUCCUGUGGUCUCGUUAGCUCCAAAACUGCGCUCUACCCGGCUGCGUCCAGGGUCUCUAGUUCCCCCACUAGAGACUGAGAAGGUGCCUCGCAAACGGGCAGGGGCCCCAGUUGGCGGGGGCCCUGGGCUGGCAAAGCGGGGCCGCCUACAGCCCCCGAGUCCCUUGGGACCUGAGGGUUCUGUAGAGGAGUCUGAGGCUGAAGCCUCAGGUGAGGAAGAGGAAGGGGAUGGGACCCUACGUCGCCGGCCUGGCCCCCGUCGACUUGGUGGGGCCACCAACCAAGGGGACCAGCGUAUCCUGCGCAGCAGUGCCCCCUCCCACCUGGCUGGCCCUACCGUUAGUCACAGAGGCCGCAAGGCCAAGACGUGAGUGGGCUGCCCCUCCACCUGGGCUUUCCGCCACGGCCCCUCUCCCUCCACAACCAGGCCUGACUCUGUUAACCACUACUUGAAGUCUUUUGAGGGGGAAAGCCUCCAGGGAGACAUAGGGGCCUUCUCCCUUCUUUCCACCAAAGUAGGGGGUAGGCAACUGGUUGUCAUGGAAACGGGGCUCUUCAUAUACCCCCUUCCCUUCCACCCCACAAGGCUGGGCAGUGUUAAGGGUGGCAAGAUAGUCUCUGUCCCCACCCCCUUGUACUUGAUUCCCCAGCUAUCUUUCACAGCCCCCACCUUUAGGGGAAGGGGGAGGGGCUUCUUCUCUACCAUGAGUUUUUUUUUUUUUUUUUUCUUUUUUUUUUAAGAAGAAAAAAUAAUAAACUUAGUUUCUGUAUGAGCA